AUGCACCUGACCGCGUGCCUCCCCCUGUAUGCCUCUUCCACCGUGCCCCUCACCCCGCACCUCUCACUGCAUGCCUCUAAUCGCAUGCCUAUCUUCCCUUAUCCCCCCAUCCCCGCAUCCCCCUCAUCUAACCAUCCCACAUUCCCUCCUCCCCUCCUCCCCCCAAUCCCAUCGUCCCCUCCCCCUCUCCCACCUCUCCCUCUUCCCCCCACAGUGAACCUGGCAGUGGCACUCGCAAGUGGGGCUGCUGGACGCCUGACGUGUUCGCCCCUCACUGCCCAACCUGCUCGGCCUGCACAUUGUCGCCUCCUCCCCCUUCUUGCCCGCUGGGCCUGGAGACUGCCGGCCGCCCCCUGCUCGCCUCGCCCUUCCCCCACGCAUGCAGGCGCACGGCAUGCUCUGCAUGUCCGCUCACGUGGGCUGGGAGUGUGGGCUUCCUCAUGCCUGCACACGUGGCGACCGUAUGGCCAGGGGGGUACAAUAGGGGAGGGGCAGCAGGGGAGGGGCGGCUCGGCUUCUAAGGCCACACUGCCUGCCCAUGCUCUCAGCUCUGCUGGCGAUGCCCAUGCUCCCAUGCGGUCACUUCCACCAGCAGCACGGGCGGAUGAAAACGGUGGGGCAAUGGAUGUGGUGGUGGUGAUGAUGGCCAUGGACGCCACCAGCAGUGCUGGGAGCACCAAGGCACUGGAGUGUGGUGGGUGCACAACCCCAGCUGCACAUCCCUACUGCCUGCCCGCUCACCUGCCUAGCACUAUGCCCGCUGACUCCCUCCCACUGCUGCAUUCGCUUCAUUUGCUCGUGGCGCUUCAUUUUCCACUCUUCUGUCGCUCCUGUUCAUUGCUCACCCUCACCAGGACUGGUGGUAUCGACGCCGCUCAGGACCUCACACUGAUGGAUUUGCAGCGAGGAAUGAAUAUGUCCUGA